UCGGCUAAUUACGACGUUGACAAGAUUCGCGGUGUGAACAUUGGUGGUUGGCUCGUGCUGGAACCAUGGAUCACCCCAGCGAUCUUCGAGGAAGUAGGGGACGCAGCCGUUGACGAGUGGACACUCACGGAGGUUCUGGGCAAGGAAAAUGCUAAGGACAGACUGUUGAAGCACUGGGGGAGCUUCGUCAGCCAGACCGACUUUGAUGAGAUUGCCGCAGCUGGAUUGACUCACGUCAGGAUUCCUGUUGGCUACUGGGCUGUCAUCCCGCUCAACGAUGAGCCCUACGUUAAUGGUCAACUGGACUUCCUUGACCGGGCAGUUUUCUGGGCUCAGUCCGCUGGUCUCCAAGUGAUCGUUGAUCUCCAUGGAGCUCCGGGCUCUCAGAACGGAUUCGACAACAGCGGUCGCAGAGGCCCUGUUCAAUGGCAACAAGGAGACACUGUUGACCGGACAACCGCCGCGAUUCAGGGAUUGAUUGAUCGAUACUAUGAAUACCCCAAUGUUAUAUUCGAGGCUCUCAAUGAGCCCAGCAUCCCCGCUGGCGUGGACAGGGACCUCUUGAGCCAGUACUACGGCGACUUCGAGCAGAGGGUUCAUGAAGUGAAGCCGGAUGCUACUUUUGUCUUGCACGAUGGGUUCAACCCAGUGGACAGCUGGAACGGCUUUUUGUCCGAGAACAACGUGGUCAUCGACAACCACCACUAUGAAGUUUUCGACAACUCGCUUCUGACAAAGGAUGUCAGCACGCAUGUCCAAAACGUCUGCGCGCACAGCUCUGGACAGCUCCAGAAGUCCGACAAGUGGGCUAUCGUGGGUGAAUGGACCGGUGCUAUGACCGACUGCGCGAAAUACCUCAACGGCAAGGGAAUCGGCGCUCGCUACGACGGUACCAUGUCCGCUGACUUCAGUGCCGGUUCAUGCGAUGGCAAGUCUGUUGGUACUGUGGCCGAGUUUUCUGGCGAGGACAAGGAAAACACCCGUCGCUUCAUUGAAGGUCAACUGGAUGCUUGGGAGCAAAAGAGUGGCUGGGUGUUCUGGACCUGGAAGACUGAGGGUGCUCCUGAAUGGGACAUGAGGCAGUUGCUUGCCGAGGGUGUGUUCCCUCAACCUCUGGAUGACCGACAGUUCCCUGGCCAGUGCGGCUAA